AUGUGGAAUUUUCAGUUAUUUGUUUUAACAUUUGGGAUCAUUUCUAAAAUUGUGAAAUGUCAAGAAUUAGAGAAUAUCGAUUAUUCAAAUUAUCAUAUCUGCAGAUGCAGUAAAGAUUAUAGCAAGGAUGUUAUUAAUGAUGUGAUAAAACCUUUGACUUCUGAUUACGAUGUGUGGACUCGAAAUUUUGAUUUCGUAGACGUCAGACUGCCAAAAAAUAUCAAAUUACCAAAAGGUUGUCAAGUCAUGAUAUCUGAUAUCGAUAAAGCCAUCGAGGAAACUAAAAAUGGCAUGCAUAUGUCCUUUCCUUCGUUGGAUCAGGAAAGUUUCUCUGUUGAUACACUUGGGAAUUUCUUCUUCAAUGAAUAUAGGGAUUUAAAUACUAUUUAUCUGUGGUUUGAUUUGUUAAAGAGAAGUUUCCCUGAUUUAGUUAAAGUAGAAGUUGUAGGUGAAACUUUUGAAGGAAGGGAAAUGAAAGCUUUGCAUGUUUCUGCUAAUAACAGAACUGCUAAUCCGGACAGGAAAACUAUUGUAAUUACUGGUGGUGUCCAUUCACGGGAAUGGAUAAGUGUUACUUCAGCAUGCUGGACUGCAUAUCAAUUGCUGACAAGAUACAGUUAUUUCAAAAAAGAGACUAGAUAUUUGGAUUCUUUGGAUUUCUUAAUCAUCCCAAUUUUCAACCCUGAUGGUUAUGUGUACACUUGGACACAUGACAGACUGUGGAGGAAAAACAGACAACAGACCUACUGGCCAAAUUGUUACGGUAUUGAUAUCGAUCACUCAUUCGAUUACGAAUGGGGUUCUAACGAUGAUUUCCCAUGUAGUGAAGACUAUAGUGGACAAGAACCAUUUGAAGCAUUGGAAGCAUCAUCAUGGAAUAAAUAUCUAAAUACUACAAAAGGUGAAUACAAAAUAUACGGGUACAUUGAUUUCCAUUCGUAUUCGCAAGAAGUGCUAUACCCAUACGCAUAUUCAUGUGAGGCAAUUCCAAGAGAUUUAGAGAAUCUAGUUGAACUAUCAUAUGGACUAGCAAAAGCAUUCAGAGAGAAAUCAGGCAAAAAAUACAGAGUCAUUUCCGCCUGUCAAGAUCGUGGUAGUGAUUUGACCCCAGGAUUGGGUUCUGGAUCAGCUCUAGAUUACAUGUACCAUCACAGAGCUCACUGGGCAUUCCAAUUGAAAUUAAGAGACACUGGGAACCAUGGAUUCCUAUUACCAGCGACAUACAUAAGACCAGUCGGAAAAGAGACAUAUGCAAGCAUCAAAUACUUCUGUGACUUCAUAUUAAACCCAGAAAUAUAA